AGUCCAUUUUGGAGAGUCUCCACAGCAGCCGUCACCAUGUCGGUCCCAAGCGCACUCAUGAAGCAGCCGCCCAUUCAGUCUACGGCUGGGGCCGUCCCAGUUCACAACGAGAAAGGUGAGAUUUCAAUGGAAAAGGUGAAGGUAAAACGUUAUGUGUCCGGAAAGAGACCAGAUUAUGCCCCUAUGGAGUCCUCAGAUGAAGAGGAUGAAGAAUUUCAGUUCAUUAAGAAAGCUAAGGAACAAGAAGCAGAGCCUGAGGAACAGGAGGAGGAUUCAUCCAGUGACCCCCGACUUCGGCGUUUACAGAACCGCAUUAGUGAAGAUGUGGAAGAGAGAUUGUCUCGACACAGAAAAAUCGUGAAACCUGAAGUAGUGGGAGAGAGUGACUCAGAAGUAGAAGGAGAUGCUUGGCGAGUGGAGCGGGAAGACAGCAGCGAGGAAGAGGAGGAAGAAAUUGAGCGGCGCCGUGGCGUGAUGCGUCAGCGAGCAUAGGAGAGAAAAAAUGAAGAGAUGGAAGUCAUGGAGGUGGAAGAUGAAGGACGCUCUGGGGAAGAGUCUGAGUCAGAGUCUGAAUAUGAGGAGUACACAGACAGUGAAGAUGAAAUGGAGCCUCGACUUAAGCCUGUCUUCAUUCGAAAGAAGGAUCGGGUGACAGUUCAAGAGAGAGAAGCUGAAGCAUUGAAACAGAAGGAACUGGAACAGGAAGCAACACACACAAAGUACACACUCAAGAUUGUAGAAGAAGAGACCAAGAAAGAGCUGGAGGAGAACAAGCGCUCCCUUGCCUCCCUGGAUGCGCUCAAUACUGAUGAUGAAAAUGAUGAGGAGGAGUACGAGGCCUGGAAAGUCCGUGAGCUCAAGAGGAUCAAGCGGGAGAGAGAAGACCGAGAAGCGCUUGAAAAGGAGAAAGCAGAAAUUGAACGCAUGAGAAACCUGACUGAGGAAGAAAGGCUGGCUGAACUUCAGGCAAAUGGCAAAGUCAUUACCAACAAAGGUGUUAAAGGCAAAUACAAGUUUCUACAAAAGUAUUAUCACCGAGGUGCCUUCUUCAUGGAUGAGGAUGAAGAAGUCUACAAGAGAGAUUUCAGUGCACCUACUCUUGAGGACCAUUUCAACAAAACCAUUCUUCCCAAAGUCAUGCAGGUCAAGAAUUUUGGACGGUCUGGUCGCACCAAGUACACCCACCUUGUGGAUCAAGAUACCACCUCCUUUGACUCUGCGUGGGGCCAAGAGAGUGCCCAGAACACAAAAUUCUUUAACCAAAAGGCAGCAGGGGUGCGAGAUGUAUUUGAGCGACCAUCUGCCAAGAAGAGGAAAACCACCUAGGCUUCAGCUACGUAUUCCAACU